UCGCCCAUCUGCAUUCCCGUCCGGAAACUGGCAGGGCAACUUUAACAGCAGCUCUCGCUCUUUGCAGGAAAGAGGCGCUUGCUUCUGCCUGAGCCUGUCAGGGGUGUUGGAAAGAACGCGAGGAAGAUGGGAGUCACGCUGGGCUACUGGGACAUCCGCGGGCUUGCCAACGCAAUCAGACUACUUCUAGAAUACACAGAGACUGAAUAUGACGAAAAAUUGUACAGCGGUCAAGGAGAAGCUCCGAAUAUCGACACAAGUCAGUGGACGAAUGUGAAGGAGAAGCUGGGCUUGGACUUCCCAAAUCUCCCAUAUCUGAUCGAUGGAGAGAAAAAGAUUACCCAGAGCAAUGCCAUCCUGCGCUACAUUGCACGGAAGCACAAGAUGUGUGGUGAGAGUGAAGAAGAAAUGAUCAGGGUAGACAUGCUCGAGAACCAGUUCAUGGAUUUCCGAAUGGUGUUUGCAAGAUUGUGCUACAAUCCAGAUUUUGAAAAACUCAAGCCCGAGUACUUGGAGCAACUACCCGGGAAGCUGAAGCUGUUCUCCCAGUUUCUGGGGGACAGAAAAUGGUUUGCAGGGAAGAAGAUCACCUUUGUAGAUUUCCUUGCCUAUGAUGUCCUGGAUCAGCAACGGAUAUUUGAGCCAAAAUGCAUUGAUCAGUUCAAAAAUCUCAAGGAUUUCCUUGACCGUUUUGAGGCCUUGGAGAAGAUUUCUGCCUACAUGAAAUGUGGCCAUUGCAUAAAGUCUCCCAUCUUCUGGAAAACUGCCAAGUGGGGCAAUAAAAAAGAGUAGAAGAGCCCAUGAACCCUGCAGGGCUGAGCUUUGUAGAUGGAGGCUGGGUUCACACAACAUGACAACCCACACUCAAGGUUGAGCGUGGAUUGUUGUUGAAUGGUGGGUUUUUGUGUAGUGUGAACCUAGCUAUGCUACAAACUAUGGUUUGUUAACCACGAAGAACCCACAAAGAGAAUUCAUAAUUAGUUGUUGGGUUGUGAACUGUGGGUCGUUCGUGGUUAACAAACUAGGGGUUGUUAGCACAGCUGGGUUCACACAACACAGUAACCCAUGGUUCAACAACAAUCAAUACUCGUGUUGUGUGAACUCAGCAACUCUAUCAAUGAGAAAGCACUUGCCAUCCCUCCAUGCUUUUAAACUUUAUCAUGCCGUGGCUUUAAUACCCUUUCCAAGAUACUAGCUAAUAAAAGUUGUUGGCCACUGAAAAA